AUCGGCAUGGAGGACGCAUCGUCGCAGUACUACGAGGCCGCAAAUGCUCUGGCGAGUCUCACUGGGCUCGAUAGCCUGCCUCGGAACAGCGCUAGGUACAUCACAGCGUAUUCCACUCUGUUGUCCCUGAGGACGUUUCCUCACUCGCAGCUCAAGCGAAUGGUCGCUGCUGCCAUUCCCAAGCACUUCAAGCUGUUUCCGGCAGAGAUCCAGGAGGCAGCCGUCAAUGCGCACCUGGAUCUGUGCGAAGACGAUGAUACAAAAGUCCGACUCGAUGCAAUGCGGUACUUGUCGCUGUUCGCCAAAGACACCCCGAACUACAUCGACCGGAUCGCCGACGUCUUGGUCCAGUUGUUACAGAGCGAAUCGCCAGACGAACUACAAGCUGUCAAAGUCGGACUCGGAUGUAUCUGGAAGCAGAGUUCCAUAGCUGUCGCCAAAAAGCUGAGAACUCACUUUCAGACCGGCAGCGUUGAGCUUCGGAGUGGAAGCCUGGGCUUCCUCCAAACCGAGAUUCUGGAUAAAGCAAACACGUAUCUGGAGUCAUCCGAGUCCCUGGACUGUCUUCUUGAGCUGCUACGAGCGAUCUCAUCGAUGGAGACUCUCGGGGGCCACGCUGAGAGUAUCAGGUCGAUUGUGAUGCGGCUCCAAGAUAUCUGCUCAGUAGGGCCUCGAAUCGGCGAUAUAUGGAUUGACCUUGAAGCCGGAAUUCUACGGAGCGCACCCUUUGAUUUCCGCGACGAUGCCGGGAUUCGACGACUCAUGGAAAUUGGCAAAGUUGCCCACUUGCAUUUGAAACGCGGAGCCUCGUCGCCGUCGUUGCUGCUGUAUCUUGUCGAUUCACUGGUCGAGCAGCACACAAAACUGGCAGCCCGGCAUCAGGUUCAGCUCAUCAAGCUCUCCGUUGACCUCCUUGCCGAGUCGAUCCUCCGAUCCGAGCCAUCAGCUCUGCUCAGGCUCUAUACCAUGAUCCAAAAGCUAUUCACGGAGGCCAAGGUGGAGAUGUCUCCGAGUGCCUUAGCGACAGGAAAAUUCGAGGCGCUGCUCUACGGGCUCUAUCUGCUGGAAAAGAUGAACCCAAAUUUACACGCGCGAGGCGCUGAGUUUUCCGAAAGGAUUAGAUUGGUCAAGAUGCAUUGCGCUGGCGCUGCCCAAGAAGCUCCGGAAAAGCUACAGCGGUCUGCUUGCAACACCGUGCGACUAAUCCAAUUCUUCGAAGCCCCCAUUGGAUCGAAGGUCGAUGUCCAGCUGACGCCGUCCUGGCAUCGGAUUCCAGUGCCGAUCGCUGAAACUCAGCCCAGCAAAUUUACAGUCGCUCCAGAGGCACAAUUACCCGCUCAUGUUGACUCAAACAGCCCCAAUAGGCCACAUUCGACGCAAGAGCCAUCAAAACUGCCAUCUCGUACGGCUGGGCAUCGUCCUGCUCAAGCCUCAACACCCGAGCUUGCGAACACAGCGCAGCCACCGGCUUCUACGAUAUUGGUUUCCGCCCAAUCUCUGCGCAUUUGCGUCGAUGCUGAUCGCCCAGGCAGCGCGGGCGCGCAGCCCACAAGAAAACGCACAGUUAUCAUGGAGCAAGACGAAAGCUUCGUCAGUAGCACGGGGCUGUCCGUGCAGCGCAAGCGUAUCCGGAGUACAGAUUCAGCACCCAGCCAGACCAACGUGGACAGAGGCGACGGGGCUCGAAAACGGACCAAACUCGACAUAGGCUCAGAUGGUUUGGAUGGCCUGUCGCUAACCAAGCCUCCGACACAAAUAGUUCGCUGCUCUCUGGAUCCGAUCCUUGAGAGUCGGCCCACGGGCCAGAGGCACCAUGUGAAGUAUCCAAACGAAGCCCGUGAUGGCAGCUACAUCGAUGUCGCUGCCCAGACGGCUCAGCGGUCCCCGAAGUGUAUUGUAGACUUAAGCUCCGGAGAUCGCCAAAGUACUUCACUGCGCAUAUCCACGACCUCCACGACACAGCCCGGACUCUCUCCUCAGGGAUUAGCGAGAAGCCAUCAAGGUGUAUCGCGCAACAUGGAUCUCUCGCGACGGGAUAGCUUCACAAAACCUGAUAACAGCCUCUCCACGCCUGCUCUGAUGAGCUUUGGCGGCCUCGUUAACGCCCAAGCCACCACCACACGCAACCUCCCCGAGCCUCCGAAUGAGGGCAAAUCGGCAUCGUCGCAGCCAAUAGGACUCUCCAUCGUUGGAACAGGGCCUCCUCUCUCCGAAACAGGUGCACUCCGAUCACAAACUGACACGCAAGCCAAGUCGAGCCGUGUCAAGAUUGUCCGGCAGGUCAAAACCGAAGCGGCGGUCCCUGAUAUCCGGCCGCAGACGGCAGAUGAAUCUCUGCAAAGGCCGAUGAGUUAUCUGCAGCGUCCGUCCUCCAGACUCCUGUUCCACCAGGCGCUCAGUCGCCUCACGCAGAACAAGUAGUUUCUGUGAAUGGCACCCGCCCUUGGGGCUUGAGUCUCGAAACUCGUCGCGCUGCUGGUCGAGAGAUCAGUGGAUAUGAACUGGUAUUGUCUGCUGAAUAUAGGUCCAUAACUGUGGGUGAUACGUUGACGUCGAUUUUGUGUAUUACAGCCGAUCCAGAAAGAAACGGGAUACCCUGGUUUUGGUCAUUGACCGAAUAAUUUGCUAUCCAAUACCAUCGCACCCUGGCCAUAUUCAGUGUCCAAGAGCACCAUUCACCGCUGGCACUGCGUCAUGGCGACAGGGCAAGGGCUAUGCACCCAGUCCCAGGAGGCAGCGGUUUGCUCGGUACUUUGAGCAGUGCAUGUCGAU